UACAUGAGUGAGUAUACAUAAUAGAUUAGUUGUAAAGUAAAGACCAUCACUACAUAAAAAAGCAGGCUACGUAGUUGCCAGAAUUCGGUAUAUGUCUGAUUGAUAUAGAAACAUACAUAAAUAAACGCACAACUGCUUUAUUUAAAAGGAAAGUAAAUGGACUUGGUCAGCCCCUCUAGGCUCCCCUCCCGGUUCGGUUUCCACCUUCAGAGAAUCACUACAACACUCCUUUGCAAUGGUAAACCUCCCACCUGUCGGAUCCUCUGCUAAUCUCUUCCCUUGGAUUUGCUGGGGCCUAUGGAUCAACCGUAACCUUCGCACCUUCGAAAACAAGCAGACGCCACCGCCGGAAAUCCUCUCGUGCGCCAUCGCACUCCUGCAGGAGUGGGCAGCACAGCCCCAAGCUAGCGACCGAUCGAGAUCACUCCCAUCACAGCUACCACCGACACAAAUCUCGUCACUGUCGACCAUCAUCUGCAACACCGAUGCGACAUGGAAUAAGGAUACAGGGAAUCAGGGCUGGCUUGGAUCUUCACCUCCCCCACCGGUCGAGAAAUCACUCGAGGUUGCUCCUAUCAGCUCCACGCCUCCUCCCCGCUCAUGGCGGAAGCUUUGGCGAUCUUUGGAGUUUUAUCCGACAUUGAAACGGCAAUCCCUUCUUCUUUCGAUUUCUUUCACGCAUCCUUUGUUUCUAGAGUUUCAAAUGGGCAUGCAGACUCAUGGGCCAAGGGCUCUCUUUGUAACAAAUUAUCUGUGUUGGGUUCAGGUCCACACUAACCUUUUCCUUUCUAAUUAA